CAAGGUUUUGCGUAAGUGCUCACAGAAUAUUCAGCUGGUAGCUGCAGAAAGUAGAUUUGACUUCAUGCCUCUCCGCCUAAAACCAGCUUUUUUGGAGCAGUUCUUUGACUUUAGCUUUUCUCCCUAAAGAGGUCCUUGGAUAAUUCAUCCCGAAAAAGAUGAGCUUUGAGUACCGAGCCUCCAAGAUAACUGAUAUGGAAAUGACCAAUAGUGAAACACCCUACACAAAUUUUUCUGAUGGAAGAAAGAAGCUCCUCCAUUCAGUGUAUGCCUUGAGAAACAACAGCUUUAAAUUAGUUACUAUUGGCCUUGGACUGGUCUGCGUAUUUCUGUUGGUUUGGAUCAUAGGUCAGAGUGUUCACUAUGAAAAUAUUAAACAAGACAAUCAGAACAAAUUUAAAGGUCUCAAUGAAGUCAAUGAGAAGCUACAAGCAAACCUAAAGAUCGCACAACAAGCGAAAAAGAAUGUUGAAGAGGGUUGCAAGCAGACCAAAGACAGAGUUGAUUCCUUAUCAAAAAGAGUAUACCAACUACAGGCCGAUAACAGAGUUCUGUCAAAUGAGAGAGAUGAACUUAAGGCUAAGCAAAGUCAGGCAGAGGCUACCAGCAGUAGUUUAAAUAAAGAGCUAGGAAAGCUAAAAGACAGUAUUGCCCAGGUAGAGCAACAGAGAAAUGACUUGAAUGCAGCCCAAAUCAGCCUACAGACAAAAUAUGAUGCAGUUGUCAAAAGCAGAAAAGAGCUACAGGCCAAUUAUGACACCGUAAUUACUGAGAGGAACAAUCUACAGAACAAAUUCAACAAUGUUACCAGAUCAAGGGAUCAGCUCCAGCUCAGUUACAAUGAUGUGAUCAAGAAGGUAGAGGAGCUACACGACAGAUACAACUUCUCUAUAAGUGAGAAAGACAAUCUCUCAAGCAGCAACCAAAACCUGACAACUGAGUUAAGAAAAUUACAAGACCUAUACAGCCUACUAAAGAAGGGAGAAAACGACUUGCAGAGUUCAUAUGAAUCGGUGAUGAGGGAGAAAAGCGAACUUGAGAAGAGCCUUAAGAACGUUACCACAGAGAGAGACCUGCUUAAAGCGAAAGCUGACAACCUUACGGCUGAACGAGAAAUACUGCUGGGGACUGUCAACAAACUCAAUGCAACGAUUGAAGAGAAGAACUGCACUGCUGGCUGGAAGAAGUUCCAGUAUAGCUGCUACUUCCCUUCUACAAUAAAAAAAACCUGGACAAAAAGCAGAGAGGACUGCCUGAACAAAGGAGCAGACCUAGCAAUCGUGAACAGCAGAGAAGAAAUGAAUUUCCUCAACACUUUGUACAGCAGUGACAAAGAAGUGUGGAUCGGUCUUACUGAUGGAGGAGUGGAAGGGCAUUGGAAGUGGGUGGAUGGAACACCACUGACUUUAACAUUCUGGGCUAAAGGGCAGCCCAAUAGCCAUCAAGGGAGGGACCAGGACUGCGUGGAGUUCUGGCACCGUGCAACAGGAAGUGGUGACUGGAACGACGAGAACUGCAGUGUUGAACAGAACUGGAUCUGUGAGAAGUAGCUUUUCUCUGCAGCAUGCACCAGCACUGAUUUGAUUUAAGAAGUAUGAUGUAUGUUGAAUAUGUAUCUUUAACUAUUAUGUGAUUGUUUAUUUUUUUUAUAUUUGAUAAAUGUUUUUAGAUGUUUUUCCUCAUUGAUCACAGCUCAAUUGGACUGUAUUUUUUAACAUUUCCCUAUUUCCUAUCAAAUUCUGCUGAUUUUCUUUUCCGAAAUAUGUGAAUUACUAUAUUACAGACUGAAAGCAACUUUUUGAUUAACCAGAUACAAAGUCAUAAAUAAAUGCUCUUGCUUAUGUCAGUGCCAUAUUCACUUAAAAACUACAUUAGGACUACAUACAACUACUUUAAGAAAGUGAGGAUUGUGUAUUUUUUUUUAAAGCAGAAGAGAUGUUUCAAUUUAGCCUUGAGCAGAUUUCUACUGCAAAGAACAUGUUAUUUUAAUCAUUGUAUGCACAACGGUUGCCAAAAGAAACACUUAAUAGUCUUUUAUGUAUUUUAUAAACAUUAACUGGACUUCAGCAGUGUUUAAAGUGCUACUUUUCAUAUUUGGGAGGAAUAACAGUGGCUUUUUUGUAAAGUUGAAAUAGGGUUUUGGAUAUACUAUGUCUACUCAUGAAAAAUGCUUUAUGUCUUUGUUUUGCUGUAUCUACAAUUGCUGCCCCAUGCUUCCUAUAUUAAAGCCUACAAAGAUUUCCAAGAAACUAAGUAACCCUGACGCCAAAUAUGUCAGGGGUUGUGGCUGGGUUUAUUUCCUCAUCCUUCAGCUUCCUCCUACAGAGAGUGACCCCUGUGAUUUGCUCCUGAUCUGGGUCAUGAGAUCUGGUGAUAGUGGGGCUUGAACUGAGAACCUCAGGGUUCCAAGCACUAUACCCUAACCACUAGGCUGACACCCACCUAACUUAAAGCUACUGUAGGAUGGCCUAUUGGAAGCAAUUUUGGAAUUAAAAGGGGGCUCACAGGAGGACACAAACAUUCCACAAGAGAUGGAGGAUCCAGCAAGUCUGAGAUGGAAAUCCAUACUAGCUGUCCUCCAACAUGAGCAAGAUCUCAUCAAUUUGACUCAGUUCAGGUUGUAAUGUGAGUG